GGCCUGCGCGCGAUCUGAGUUGACACCCACAAUGGAGCUUCGGUCUCGCGCCGUUCACUCACUUUUUCUUUCGCCUCUUUCAACUCAACGGCACCAAUGUUCAGCGGCGCCAAGCUCUUGACGCUUCUUGCGUCCGUCGUCGCGGCGACCCAGUGCGGCAACCAGGCGUCGAUCGACGUUGCAGUCAAGACGCCUUUGCACGUCGUGUCCAACGGCGACGCUGCAUUCAGCCAGAUCGUCCAGCGGGCCGGCGCGACGUUCGCGGCGCCCCACUUCAAGUCAAUCAACGUGCCGGCCAACGGCAAGCUCACCAUCACGUCGCUCGACGGCAAGGACAGCGUUGUCUUCCACGGCGGCGAGUCUGCUACGAACAUUCGUGCCGACUGGAUCAGUGGCGCCGGCGUUGUCGUCGCGUACGAAGCCCCGACGUACGUCAAGCAGGCGUCGCCCGUGUUUGAGAUUGACGAGGUUGCAUUUGGGAAGCCGCCGUCGCCCCUCGAAGCGCUUUGCGAUGCUGACCAGUCGCAGGCUGCGGCAUGCUAUGCGAGUGAUGCUGCCAAGACCAAGUCGGGCAAGGCGGUGGCGCGUCUUCUCAUCAACGGGCAGUCGCUCUGCACGGGCUGGCUCGUCGGCUCGGAGGGCCAUAUGCUCACCAACAACCACUGCAUCAAGACCGCUGCCGCUGCCAACGACGUUCAGGUUGAAUUUGGCGCCGAGUGCAAGACGUGCGAGGACCCGAACAACCAGAAGCAGCUCGCGUGCAAGGGCGAGAUCGUCGCGACGAGCGCGACCUUUUUGGCCACGAGCCCGACCUCGGACUUUACGCUCGUCAAGCUCAACGUCAAGGACGGUGUUGAUUUGACCAAGUACGGCUACCUCCAGGUGCGCCCGGAUGGCCCCAAGCUCAACGAGACGAUCCACAUCAUCGGUCACGCCGCGGGCUGGCCCAAGCGCUUUGCGGUCACGACGCUCGACGGUCCCGGCACUGUGACGACCACAAGCUUCCAGUCUCGCUGCCAAGCCGACGAGUUUGCGUACCGCCUUGAUACGCAGGGCGGCAACUCGGGCUCGCCCGUCCUCUCGACUGACGAGAACGUUGUUGUUGGCCUUCACAACUGCGGCGGGUGCCCCGACGGCGACAACGCCGGCAUCAAGAUCAACAAGGUGUUUGACAUUCUCAAGGCGCAGAACAUUGUCAUCAAGGAUGCGGUCGUGUCGUCCAAGCCCGCGUGCUAGGAAAAUUUAGGACCGUUUAAACGCAAAGUAUAAUUGUUGGUGAAUGUAUGCAACAAAAC